AUGAACGACUACGGUCUUGUUUCGAGCGAGCCGCCUUGGAAAUGGGUUGUUGACAAGCCCUGUUUUGUGUCUUGGGCAAGCAAAGAGGAGGGACCCAUGUGUCUUGGACAACUAUCGCCAUUGAAUGCGUCAUCACGAUUGACCAUCAAGAUUGGUUGGCGUCCCAACACCGAUGAACUAUUGAUAGCUCUGCACCUACCAAUAUCGAUACGCGCUUCCAAACACCCUCGCGACAUGUUCAUGAUCAUCCCUUGUGAUUUUGAUGCAUCAGUGGUCGACACGUCCUUCACACCUGUACAGGCAGAUGGCCGAGCUGACCUUGAGAGCGCUGGACUUGCCGAUUGCAACCUGUUUCACAUCCCGUUCAGCCUUACCAAAUCGUGCGAGGUCAUCAUGCCUCGAGCAAAACGUCUAAAGCCUGUCAAAGGCACGCCAAAGGAGUUGAUGAGCAAAUUUAAAAUACUGUCGGAGACCUUGUCCUUCGAUAUACACUUCAGGUUCGAUACCUUUGCGCAGCUCGAGCUGCAGAGGAUCUUUGCGUCCGUAUCCCAGCUCAACACCCCUACCCUACUGCUCGACGGUAUGUAUGAUGGUCGUGGAGGUGGUGUCAACCUAUGGGUCAAUCAAGGCCUAUUCUCGGAGUCGAGCGAAAUACCCGACAAUGAGCAGUGCCUUUCCAUUGCAGACCCCCUUCAACAAGAAUUUCCGCCGCCACCCUAUACCUCUGAUACCAUCCCAUCACUUGAUCUGAACAAGCCGCAUGUGGAGGUACCUUUCAGUGAUGCUAAUGUCGCGUCCAUGUCAAUCCACAAAGACAGUGAUGUUGAGGGCGUGUCAGAAACACCUUUUUGGACUCGUAUGCGCCGGAUCAUGGACUACCGGUCGCCUAGUCUUGAGCCUCCUCGAAGGGAAACAUCCAAGCGUGCAGCCAGCGUAGACUCAUUACCCGACGGUGCUGCCUAUCGCAAAAAGCAAAUCUGUCUCUUCCGCUCUCCUCGUCUCGAACCUGCAUUGUUCGAACUUCCUGCUACCCUUGCCAGAUCGAAAGACUCUUUAAUCUUCCCAAUCGACGGCACGCUCUCUGCCCCGCCGGCCUCGAAUCGAACGAACGACAAGAUUGAGGAGAUAGCCCGAUGGCUGUGCAAUGCUUGGGAAAUCUUGCCUACAGCUCAUCUUGAUUUACGCACACAACUACUUGCCCUCGGUACAGCGGGAGAUGCAAAUGAAUUCGCAAAAGCUCGUGUUGAAUGCUCGACCCAAUUGGCGUUUGCAGCCGCGCGGACUGCGAAGCAAGAACACCCAAGAACGCUGCACUUCCUCAGCAUGUCAGAUGCCGAACAGCAAGUCAGAGAAGUGGUAGAAUGGGUCAACAGCGUGAAGCCUGAUGCUGAUCUCGUUCUCAUGCGUGAUCUUGUCGCGUUGGCUGAAGCUGCGUUGUCUGUGGUAGACUUUGAGAUGGACUCGGAAUCUGGCAAGAUGAAGAAUCUCGUGAUGUGUAAGGCAAAGUGUAUCGCCUCUGCUUGUCUUCUGUAA